AUGGGAGGCAACACUUUAUAUGAUAGCUCCACCAUCACAUUGCACUACGAAGACUACGAGGGCCAUCACGCAGUCUUUAGUGAAGAAGGUAUAAAAACGCUUAGGUGUAUUGCAGCAACGUUGAGCUCCAGAAAUGAAUUGGCUGAUUGUGUUCAGAUGUAUACCGAGCAUCGAAAGGAUGUAGUCAACCUGGUAUAUGUGAGGCUCCAUGAGAAAUUGAAGGUAGAGACCGUCUGUGUUUUUAUGUGCUCGAAUAAGUUGAGUGAGAAAACCCAACGGUGGAUACAAGUAGCCAAGAUUUGUGUAGGCACCAUUUUUGGAAUAGAGAAGUGUUUCUAUGAGCAAAUUUUUGGAGAUCUGGGAUCAUUCGAGGAUUCUGCCGCUAACGGUUUUGUGCUAUGUUUUCAGACUCGGACUGGACCGGCCGGUCGAACCAAGAACCAGCCAGGCAUCCAGUCCAACUCCGAUAACCCUAAAUCUAAAAGCCUCCACCGUUAUCACUUGAAAAAGCAGGAAUUGGCUUCACUAACCCAAUCAGCAAAGGACGCAUUGAAAGCUGUUGAGGAAUCUGUGAGACGAGAGUUCGCUGCUGCAAAAUCUAUGAAUAGUCACCUUAAUGCAUCAUCACAAUCUCCUACAAGAGGUGUUGCAGAACAGCCCUCAGAUGCUUGCCAGAACAGAGCAAAGAUAGUUAUUACGAUCCAGGACAAGGAUGGACCCAAGCAAUUUAGAGUUUUCGUGGAUGAUAAAUUUGAGAGACUCUUCAAGAUGUAUGCCGACAAGGUCAAGCUUGAUUUGCAGAAUCUAGUUUUUUGUUUUGAUGGAGUAAAAUUAGUCCUACUGCCACCCCUACUGGGCUUGAAAAUUGAAAUGGAGGAGAAUGACAUCAUCGAGCAAAUGACAAAUAUCCUUUCUACUACAGAGAAACAGGUUCUUCGUGAGCUUUCAACGAGGCCAUUUCCUGGAGGAGGAAUUCACCCCUUGACUAAGUACAUAAUUCAUCACAUUGAGCUGAUUUACGUUCACAGGUCUACAAGAGUUGUGAAAAAAAAGUUCAAGACCUUCAAUAGUAUGUUUGAAGAUAUUCUUCAGACUCAAGAACGAUGGAUAGUACCAGAUCAGCAGCUGCGGAUGAAACUUCUUGAAUGCAUAUUGGCUAAGCUGAUUCCGGCCUAUAAUCACUUUCUUGAGCGGCUAAGCCGAGUACACAAAGUGAAGCGUGUGAGUGAGUACAUAAAAUAUUCUGUCAAGGACUUGGAGACCAAGGUGCUGGAUAUGUUUCAGAAUAAGUAUUGA